UGUUUCCUCUUUAGCGCCCAAUGUCAUUCCAAAAGCCAGUGGGAGGGGAUUCUCAUCUCCGGGUUUAAAAAGCUCUUGGACCAUCGAGGCUCACAUCGCAGUGAGGAUGAAAGUGCCGCUCAUUGUCCUCAUCCUCUCAGGUGUGGGAGGCGCCUCCCCAGACAAGGUGUGCAGCUACCAGGAUGUCGUGGACCAUCUCAAACUGACAUCAAGCAACGGAGCCUUCCAAUUGACCCGGCCCGUCCUGGACCACACGCAUCCCACCCUGGUGGAGCUCAACAUCAUCCUGUACGGCAUCCUGGGCGUGAUCGAGAAAACCCAAACCUUCAUUUCGUUUCUCUGGGUGAUGAUGUCCUGGAAGGACGAACGCAUCUUUUGGGAACCGGGCGACUUUUGCGGGAUUACAGAUAUUACCAUUCCCACCGACAUGCUGUGGAAACCCGACAUCUUCAUUUUAGAGAUGGUGGAGAAAGACAACUCGCAGUACAACCCUUACUUCGUCGUCAACCACAACGGGAUCGUCACCCAGGAUCAGGACGUACGGGCCGUGAGCAUGUGCAUGAUGGACGUGCACAAGUUCCCCUUUGACACGCAGAGCUGCAACAUAACGUUGCUUUCCUCAGUUCACCUGUACGAACACUUGCGUGUCAUCCCAGUGGUCAACUCAUCACGGGCGACCCAGUUCACCAAAGCCAUGAUGCAUUCCCAAGGAGAGUGGGACUUCCUCCAUUUGUCCGUCAGCAGCCGCAAUAUCAGCUUCGAGAGCCAAGUGUGGGACCAGCUGGUGUACACGUUCGUCAUCAAGAGGCGACCCCUGCUGCACGUCAUCAACUUCCUGCUGCCCAUCCUCUUCUUCCUGUGCCUGGACCUGGCCUCCUUCUUCAUCCCGGAUCACCACGGGGAGAAACUAGGCUUCAAGGUGACCGUGCUGCUCGCCAUCUCCGUGCUGCUGCUCAUCCUCAACGACAUCCUGCCUUCCAUGUCGAACAAGACGCCGCUCAUAGCCACCUACUGCAUCGUCAUCUUCGCCCUGAUGCUGAUCAGCCUGCUGGAGACCAUCAUGGUGACCUACCUGUUUGAGGGGGACUCGCCGGAGGACCCGGCGAAGUGCGCCAGGAGCAAACCAGAGAUCAAUAGAACCAAUAAGUCCGACGCUGAAGAGAAAAAACAGACCGAAUUUUUGUGUACGCGCGUUUUGAGCGGAGAGAAACAACACGACCUGCGACCUGAACCAGAAGAGCAGGUCGAUUGCAGCGUGCCGAGCGCCGAGGCUGGGCUGUUGCUGCUGCUGGUGAACGAGCUGAAGGAGCUACAGAGGAUGUUGAGCGUGCAGCAUCGCUGCAAGAGAGGCCGCAGGAAGUCUGCGCGCUUGGCCAACAAAAUCAACAAAGGUUUCUUCUUCAUCUAUCUCGCCACUGCCAUACUCUUUCUUUCAUUCCUCUUCCGGGAUUGGAUGAGUUAGAUGGUUUAAAUAUCCUCACUGUAACUUUUUUAAAGGUGCAUCCCCAAAAUGCAGAUUUCUUUACUCCAAUUUAUGUAUCUUUGGUCGACCAUCGAUGCCAGUGAUGUACAGAAUGGCGACAGGAAGUGUAAUGAAAUUUUCUUCCACUAGAUGGCAGAAAUUACAUGCUGUCAUUCAUAGAACAGAAUCAUCGUUUUUUUGUUUAAUUUAAUGGGCUCAGAUUUAGUAAUUAAAUUAAGAGGAGAUCAUAAAUAUUUUAUUAUGCAUACCUUUUGUAAUAUUUUUUUUUGUUUUUGUGGCGUGCCUUGGCUUAAUAAAGGUUGGGAAAAAACA